ACGCCACCAUCAGGAUCGAAACAGUGCAAAUAGGAACAACUUGUCCAAUACACUGAGGACGACUGAUCAACCAGCCUCCUCAUUUCAUAUACCAACGAAGCAAAAUAUACCACAUAUUUUGUCCCUGUGUGUACACGGGUGGAUUUGUGAGCUCGAGCUGGUACUGCCAUGGGUUCUUAGACUAGCGUGUCCUCUGGAACGAUGUCAUCCUCCCUACGGUACCUCUUGUUGGUAGCAUUGCCUAUCCUUCUUUCAAUCAACGGUACCCGUACCUUUUGCGGCCACCCCUGCCCGUUCCAGUGGAUCUCAUUCGGCGACCAUUGCUACCUGUUGGUACUCCAACGUCUUACUUGGGCUGAUGCCGAGACCUACUGCAAGCAGCUGCCGACCCAGCGAUACGGUACGGCCCAUCUUGUUUGGAUCAACAGCCUAGAGGAGCAGCAGUUCGUCGAGGCCACUCUGCAUGAGGCAGUUAGUUCAUUCUGGCUUGGACUGAACGACAUUGAAGAAAAGGGUGCCUUCGUCUGGACGGGGACAUCGGGAAGCCCAGGGUUUACCCAGUGGCGUCCUGGCUAUUCCAGUUCACACAACAAUUACACCGUCUGUGCUACGAGCUACCGUGCCAGAUGGUAUGCAACCAAUUGCCGUCUUUGCAAUCACUUUGUUUGCAAGGUCGAUAACAUACGAUCGUAGACUGUGACGUUUCGGUCGUGAGCACAUGUAACUGAGUGAUAUGUAAACACUGAAAUACG